AUGAAGCAAAAUAUUGGACGGGGCGAAUUUUCUCAGUUCCCCAAUUUGUCACAGACAAGCUGCCAGGAAGACGACGUUUCAACUUACGUUCAACAUUUAAAUGCUCUCUAUUCAGAUUUUGAAUCUAGGUUUGAGGAUAUUUUGACUAUGGUAAUACCACCGUGGAUAAUUAAUCCAUAUGGUGACAUAGAAGAAACGAAUGUCAUAAUACAAGAGGAACUGACUGAACUAAGUACAAACGAAGAACUUAAGGUUCAGUUUAAAAACGGAUAUCAGCAAUUCUGGCUGCAAAACAACAUACCCGUUACUUAUCCCGUAUUAUGGAAUAUAGCCAGGAAAUUUUUAAUUUCCUUUCCAUCGUCAUACCUAGUGGAAAGGGGGUUCAGCGCUGUUACCAAUCUCCUAACGAAAAAAAGAAACAGACUGGACAUCAUUAGCCGAGGAGAUUAA